GCCGUUUUUUAGGGGUUUCCUCUUUGAUAAACAACAAAAGCUUUUGCUCCCAUUAUACUUUUUACUACACCAUAGAAGCAGUCAUGGCUGAGCUACAAAACUUGAAGCACAAGCAAGAACAAAAGGCUCAUGCAAAGAAAAAAAGGAAUGGGAUUAGUAGCAAGUGUGCUUCUUUGGUUAAGGAGCAACGUGCUCGUCUCUACAUCGUUCGCCGUUGCGCCACCAUGCUUCUCUGUUGGUACAUUCAAGGAGAUGACUAGCAACAAACACUCUCCAACAAACCAAUCCUUCGAUUUCGCCUUCUUCUAGUCUUCUUCGUAUUCGUAUAGCAUAUAAAUAACAACCAGAGAAGACUACUAGCAACACUCUCUGAUACGUUCUCUUCGACCCUUUUCUUCGUAUAUCCUAAAGAUCAGUCCUUUCAAUCUAUCUACCUAAAAGAUGAAACCUUGAAGCUAUUUACUAUGCAUAAACUGCUGGCUCAUGUUGACUUAUAUGGACUCUUUCCAUCAUGUUUUUUUCUUCACUUUUUGACCUAUUUGGAUAAACUCAAUGGGUUUUUUCAUAUGGAAAGAAGAGUUUUCUGAUUUUUCUACAUGGGCAGGCAUGAUCAAUAUAUAUGAAGCUGGCAAGGAACUCGUUAAAUGAAAGUUUUUUCAGCUGAUAUGAUGCUAGAAUAAUUGUAAUUUUGGAAUGUUAGUCCUUCACAUAGGACACUACUACUUUUGGUAUAACCACCUUUUUUGUAUUACAAGGAAUAAAUAAUCUCAUAUGUUGUAUGUUAUAUAAGACUUAUUGUAAAAUCACACAUUGUUAUUGGAUCAAACAUUAAGAUCUUUA